AUGCGUCUGACGAGGGGAGGGGAGGGCAUGAAUGGGUACAGUGUGAUUGCACUAAGAAAGGAGGGGAAGCAGGGGCGGAAAGGAGGGGAAGCAGGGGCAGAAAGGAGGGGAAGCAGGGGCGGAAAGGAGGGGAAGCAGGGGCGGAAAGGAGCGGAAGCAGGGGUGGAAAGGCGGGGAAGCGGGGGAGGAAAGGAGGGGAAGCAGGGGCGGAAAGGAGGGGAAGCAGGGGCGGAAAGGCGGGGAAGCAGGGACGGAAAGGAGGGGAAACAGGGGCGGAAAGGAGGGGAAGCAGGGGCGGGAAGGAGGGGAAGCAAGGUCGGAAAGGAGGGGAAGCAGGGGCAGAAAGAGGGGAAGCAGGGGCGGAAAGGAGAGGAAGCAGGGGCGGAAAGGAGGGGAAGCAGGGGCGGAAAGGAGGGGAAGGAGGGGCGGAAAGGAGGGGAAACAGGGGCGGAAAGGAGGGGAAGCAGGGGCGGAAAGGAGGGGAAGCAGGGGCGGAAAGGAGGGGAAGCAGGGGCGGAAAGGAGGGGAAGCAGGGGCGAAAAGGAGGGGAAGCAGGGGCGGAAAGGAGGGGAAGCAGGGGCGGAAAGGCGGGGAAGCAGGGGGGAAAAGGUGGGGAAGAAGGGGCGGAAAGGAGGGGAAGCAGGAACGGAAAGGCGGGGAAGCAAGGGCGCAAAGGAGGGGAAGCAAGGGCUGAAAGGAGGGGAAGCAGGGGCGGAAAAGAGGGGAAGCAGGGGCGGAAAGGAGGGGAAGCAGGGGCGGCAAGGAGGGGAAGCAGGGGCGGAAAGGAGGGGAAGCAGGGGAGGAAAGGAGGGGAAGCAGGGGCAGAAAAGAGGGGAAGCAGGGGCGGAAAGGAGGGUAAGCAGGGGCGGAAAGGAGGGUAAGCAGGGGCGGAAAGGAGGGGAAGCAGGGGCGGAAAGGAGGGGAAGCAGGGGCGGAAAGGAGGGGAAGCAGGGGCGGAAAGGAGGGGAAGCAGGGGCAGAAAGGAGGGGAAGCAGGGGCGGAAAGGCGGGGAAGCAGGGGAGAAAAGGAGGGGAAGCAGGGGCGGAAAGGAGGGGAAGCAGGGGUGGAAAGGCGGGGAAGCAGGGGCGGAGAGGAGGGGAAGCAGGGGCGGAAAGGAGGGGAAGCAGGGGCGGAAAGGAGGGGAAGCAGGGGCAGAAAGGAGGGGAAGCAGGGGAGGAAAGGAGGGGAAGCAGGGGCGGAAAGGAGGGGAAGCAGGGGCGAAAAGGAGGGGAAGCAGGGGCGGAAAGGAGGGGAUGCAGGGGCGGAAACGAGGGGAAGCAGGGGCGGAAAGGAGGGGAAGCAGGGGCUGAAAAGAAGGGGAAGCAGGGGCGGAAAGGAGGGGAAGCAGGGGCGGAAAGGAGGGGAAGCAGGGGCGGAAAGGAGGGGAAGCAGGGGCAGAAAGGAGGGGAAGCAGGGGCGGAAAGGCGGGGAAGAAGGGGCAGAAAGGAGGGGAAGCAGGGGCGGAAAGGAGGGGUUUAG